AUGUCAACCAAUGAUUCCAAGUCGGCGUCGUCUCUCAUCGACACCUCACCGAUUGUUCAAUACAUUCUAUUGCGUGGUGACUUAAAGAAAUCCAAAUCGUACAAUGACGGCGCUCUCAUUGCUCAAGCGUGUCAUGCUUGUAGUGCAAUUUUAUUUAAGACAUUAGACGAUGUUUAUACUGUAAAUUAUUUGAAUGAUACAGCAAAUAUGCACAAGAUUAUUUUGAAUGUUCCCACAGAAGAUGAGCUGAUUCAGGCACAUAAAACAUUGACAGAAGGUGACAUUCAACAUUAUUUAUGGCUAGAAAAACCAGAAAAUAUCAAGACCUGCAUUGCUGUAAAACCAUACGUUAAAUCAGAUGUUGAAAAUUAUUUUAAACAAUAUAAAUUAUAUCGCUGA